GCGUUACGGUCCAACAGGCGACCGUGCUUACUGAUAACCCGCUAUUCUCUGGGGUCACAAAUUGAUCUGCCUCCUUUCUGCUUGUGACAGUUACGAGUGAUCCAUCUUCUUCUGGUUGCAGGUUUUCUUUUUCUUUUUUACUAUGCUACAGAGUUCUUAUGUGUUUACUUAAAACAGGCUCUGAAAACGAUUAGUUUUUGCUUUCAUAGAAACUCGAUUUCCAAAGUAGGGCAACAUCUCUUUCCUGUUUCAAUAAAUAAACAUUCGACACUCUUUUCCUCAAAGAAUCCCCGACGUCGAAUCCGCUGCGUUACGUGGUCUCUUCCUGUUGCCAACAGCGCGGCUGAAGUCUGCAGCUGCUCGGUCGCCUGUUGAACCGUAACACCAGAGAAGUCGGGAUCCAGAAAUGGCAGCGCACGAGGACUUCUUCCUGGGCAUCCGCAAGAUCCCGUACUCACCCAACGCCGGGCCCGCAGAUGUGCUGUGCUUCAGACACUACAAUGCGGAGGAGGUGCUGAUGGGGAGGAAGAUGGAGGACUGGCUGAGGUUCUCCGUGUGCUACUGGCACUCCUUCUGCGGCACUGGAGCUGAUCCCUUUGGGGCUCCGACGCUGCACCGGCCCUGGAAUGAAGGCGCUCCGAUGGACUCCGCCAAGAAGCGACUGCGGGCUGCUUUUGAGUUUUUCACCAAGCUCGGUGUGAAAUACUACACAUUUCAUGACCGGGAUAUGGCUCCUGAGGGCUCCACCCUGGAGGAGUCCAACAGGAAUCUGGAUGAAAUAACAGACCUGGCCCUCCAGCUGCAGAGCCAGACUGGAAUCCAGGUGCUGUGGGUCACCUGCAACCUCUUUGCCCACCAGAGGUACAUGAAUGGUGCGGCCACCAACCCGGACUGUCACGUUCUGGCCUACGCUGGCGCUCAGCUCAAGAAGGGGCUCGACACCGCCAAGAAGCUGGGUGCAGAGAAUUUCGUGUUUUGGGGAGGACGGGAAGGGUUCCUCUCCGUCCACCACACGGACGUUGCUCUGGAACUGAAGCACAUGGCCAACUUCUUCAAAAUGGCCGUCAAGUACAAAGACAAGAUUGGGUUGAAGUGUCAGUUUCUAAUCGAGCCCAAGCCCAAGGAGCCCUGCAAACACCAGUAUGACUACGAUGCUAUGAGCGUCAUCGGAUUCCUCAAGCACUACGGUCUGGAGAGUCACUUCAAGCUGAACAUUGAGCCCAACCACACCACGCUGGCAGGACACUCGUACGAACACGAUGUUGUCAUGGCGUCUGCGCUCGGGAUGCUGGGAUCCGUUGACGCUAACACGGGCUCCCCUGACCUGGGCUGGGACACAGACCAGUUCCCCAUGGACAUCAGGAACACCACCUUGGUCAUGAAGGUCAUUGUUGAACAAGGAGGUCUGCAGCCCGGAGGCCUGAACUUUGAUGCGAAGGUGCGCCGGGAGUCCACGGACCUGGAGGACCUGUUCAUCGCUCACAUCGGGGCCAUGGACGCCUUCGCCAGAGGACUCAGAAAUGCUGUUCGCAUCAUUACGGACGGGCUGAUCUCUGGCAUGGUGAAGGAGCGUUACUCAAGUUUCAGUCACGGCCUUGGACAGAGAGUGGAUGAAGGUUCUGCCUCCUUGGAGGAAAUGGAGGCUUUCAUCAAACAGAACGGAGAGCCAGAUGUUACUUCAGGCAAGCAAGAAAAAUAUGAAUCCAUCUUCAAUCAAUACAUAUAAUGAACGCAUCACCCUUCUGUGUCUAUGUGACGUGAUCAGAAAGUUACAAAAGGUAUUUUAUUAACCAAGCUGGAAUUAAGUAUUGCAUUCAUUGCAGUUGUUUCACUAAGUACAUUCAUAUUACUUAACACUGAAGGUAGGACAGAAGAAUUCAAUAUAACACUUUUGGAUUCUAUAUCAGUAUGUAUUUGUAGUGCUCUUGAAAUACUGUAUUACACCAGUAAGUUAUAUUUGUAUUAGCUUAAGAGUACUUAUACUCACUGUAGUAAAACACAUUUUCACAUAGCCGUUUGUGAAAUACUCAAUACUCAUUUUGCUCAUGAAUAUUGGAUAGAUAAACAAUACUUCUGGAUAAUUAUCAUGUUUAUUGAAUGGAGAGCACAACGUGUUUUCUUUACAUUGCACAGUGUCUGAAAUAGAAUAUUUUGCUGUAAAACCUGAAAAAGCAGAGACUACCAAACUAGAAGACAUUGGGAUGUCAAUGCUGAGGCUCAAUGGCUGGAUUUAAUUUGAAGAGGCUGCUGAAAGAGUACGAACUGGUUUAAAAAAGUGACUAUUGGGUGUGUUCAAAUUAGAAAAAGUUAUAAGAGAAUCUUAGUUAAAAAUGUGAAAUGUUCUAAAUCACAGUACGUCAUAAGACAUUACAGUAUACAAUGUUGAAAAACAGUCAACCUUCCAUACAUACAAUCAUCUUGUAGCACUUUAAUCCUAUGACUGAGUGCAUCUCUCCCAAAGGCGGCUUGACAGUUGACUCAAUAAAGACAACGUUGUCUUAUUUGAA